AUGGCUAUUGAUGAAGCGGAUUUGGUUUUAGAUGGAUCUGUGGAUUUGAGGGGAAAGCCUGUUAUAAGAGAAAGGACAGGGAGGUGGAGAGCUUGUUCUCUGAUCAUUGGAUACGAAUUUAUUGAAAGAUUGGCAUUUGCGGGCAUAUGGACAAACUUAAUGGUGUAUCUGACAACCAAGUUGCAUGAAGGCACCGUUUCCUCCGCUAGGAACGCCAGUAAUUGGAAUGGCACUCUCUGGAUUACUCCUUUAUUUGGGGCAUACAUUGCCGAUACAUACUUGGGCUGCUUCUGGACAUUCAUAGUAUUUUCUUCUGUAUAUAUUCUGGGAAUGGGGAUUAUGACACUAGCAGUUACAUUGAAGUCUCUGAGACCGCCAGAAUGCCAACCCAAUGAAGUCUGUCAAAAGGCAUCGUCUCUGCAGAUUGGGAUUUUUUACUUUGCUUUGUAUCUUCUUGCUGUCGCUUCUGGAGGGACCAAACCAUGCAUCUCCACUAUCGGUGCGGAUCAGUUUGAUGACUUCCAUCCCAAGGAAAAGUUGCGGAAGAGCUCCUUUUUCAAUUGGUGGAUUUUUGUUGUCUUCAGUGAAAGUCUGAUUGGUCAGACUCUGAUUGUGUAUAUUCAAGAUAACAUUAGUUGGGGAGUGGCCAGUGGAAUCAUAGCGGGAGCCCUAAUCAUAUCAUAUAUUCUGUUCAUAAUAGGAACUCCACUAUAUAGACAUAAAGUUCGGGUCGGUAGCCCGCUGAAGCGAAUGGCUAAAGUCAUUUCUAGGGUCAUUCAGAACUGGAAAGUUCAGGUUCCUACAGAUGCAUCCUGUCUUUAUGAAGUUGAUACAAAGGAAUACCUUACUCAGGGUCGAUACCCAAUUGGCCAUACAAAACUAAUGAGGUUAGAAUUUAAUCCUUAUAUAGCUUUUUAA